AUGGAGUCAGACUACCUUCGGCCCCCUGAGCCCAUUCGCAUCAAGCGAAAGCCGGUAUCCAACCCAGAUCUGCGGGUUGCUCCCGAUCCUACGGGGCGGACCGCUCAUGCGGCAAGCACCCCAGCUCUUGUCCCAACCCCAUUGUCGCAGCCCCCUCCUACAUCGACUUCGGGCGCGGCAGCGGCGACUCCCCCGCCACCCACCCCGGCCCAAAAGGCAUACGGGGAAGCCCGACACUUCCUCGGCGGUUUGAUCAACCACCCCACGGAGUCAAACCGCCAUGUGACCAUUUUGCGACAUUCCCACGGUCUUGUGUUUUAUUGCGGGAAUUCUACGUCGGUUGAGGUCUCGAUCUUCGCAGAUGCGCCGUUGCCAUCCGAUCGCACUCUGUGGUUGCAGAGCAAAGGCUGGACUGGCAAGACGGGCAUGCGCGCCAAAGCUCUGCUCCGUCUUCGUGAUAACUGGUUGGAGGUCACUCCAGCCAUGCCGUUGCGGGCCGAACAAGUCAAUCCAGACGAUGAGCGAGCUUGGCAGCGUGACAUUAAGAAAUUCCGGAAGAAGGCUCCGGUGCGUCCGCGCAAUAGGCACCAACUUAGGGAGACCGCCGUCGUCCGCAUCCCUGCUGAUGCUGGCGAUGGAUAUUUCCAGCUUGUGUUGUGCCAGGGGGCAAAGAAGAAGGUCCUUGGCAACAGUCCCGUGUUCCGCGUGCUUUCGACUUCAACCAGCCCCAGUUCCAUCCGCGGCGCCAGUUUAAGCACGCUCCCUUUGGAAGUCGGGGCCAUGGUGGUGAGUCUGUAUGUGCAGACCGCCGCCCGAACGGCGAUGACCCCUGCGGCGUCAGCCAUCAAAACCCGAGUGGAUCGAUAUCGGCCGCCCUGGUUGGACCAAACAGCUGCACACAAGGCCUAUUCGGCGAGCGGGGCCCAAGAUCGUGUGAAUGGAAUUGUGAAUUUCUACCGUGGGACAGAUGGAAGAGCCCACAGCCAAGCUACAUCGUCUGAACUUGUGCCAAAUGAUACGGUUGUUCUUGAUGACGGGCCCCAACCACCAUUUCCCAUGAACUUCAAAGCUCGCGGGCAACUUGAUCACGUUGGGUCACCUGCCAGUCCAUGUGAUACUCCAAGAAUCACCUUGUCCAAAAUGCCCGACUGGGUGACAGAGCACUUACGAGGCUAUUUCUUUGGUUGGGCCCGAUUCCAUUUUAACUCCAGCAAAGAGGCACCAGAAAGUCCUUGGUGCCCGAGUGUGUUGUCCGUGCGGACACUGGAUCCUUUACAAGCCACGAGGGUCAAUCUCGCCGAAGUUUCCAAACGCGUGGUCACCCUUCGUCUUCUAGACGAAGUGCCUCUGCAAACAAGCAAGGUCGAGGUCCGGGUCAUGGGCUUUCUUCGCUCCGACAUCCCACCCCCUACUGGCAGCACCAGCGAAGAGCUUGCCGAAGCCCACGCAGCAGCAGCAGAAGCCGCCAUACUUGCUGAUGCCUACGAUGCCUCGGUAGUGCAAAAUACUUUGGGUCAUGUGGCCUGGGCCGCAGAUGAACUCAGCCCAGCCGAGCUGCAGCGACAAAACUCUGGCUGGAUAGACCGUACCCGUGAAGGAUAUGCGAAUCUUCGAAUGCGCGGGCAGAAAUUGGUGGAGCAGGUGCCUCUUUAUCGACUGGGGGUUCGCUCCGCGACAGAUCAAAUUCGAGAGCAACAGGUGGCCCUGAAUGGGUUUUAUAUCGUGCGAUAA